UUUAAUGGUGCCAAACUCUAUCAUCUGCAAAAAGAGAUUAGUGAUUUAGUGCAGGGAACUAGUGAUAUAGCAGGCUACUUCACUAAAAUUAAGUUAUUAUGGGAUGAACUUAAUGUUCUCCACUGUUCUGUGAUGUGUGCCUGUGACUGCACUUGUGGAGGAAAGAGUAAGAGGUUGAAAUCUCUGCAAGAUGAGAGGCUCAUUCAAUUCCUAAUGGGUUUGAAUGAUAGCUAUGGAUCUAUAAGAAGCAACAUCAUCAUGAUUUCUCCACUACCUAGUGUGAACCUGGCUUAUUCUCUCUUGAUCCAAGAUGAGAAACAGAAAGAGAUCUACCACAAUCCUCAGUCUCCUGCUGACUUAUCCUCAUAUUCAGCAGUCCAGCAGCCAAUUCUUGGUACCAAAUCUCAACCCUAUGAGUACAAGGGAAAGAAGAACAACUUAGUUUGCCCUCAUUGCAAGAAGCCAGGUCAUUCUAUUGACAAGUGUUACAGAAUUAUUGGGUUUCCUGCUGAUUUUCAGUUCACCAAGAGUCCAAAAUUCAAGGUGGGGAUCAAAAGCAAUGCAGUCUUGGGGACUCCUAAUGCUCAGCACACUGUGUUUGCUGAAGUAGAUGGGAACCCAUUCUCCCCUCAGCAACUUAAUUACUUACUUCAGAUGCUUAAGCAUGUUGAUCUUGGAGACCCAGAGAAGUUGAUGUCACAAGUAGCAGCUAAUAUGGUUCAAUGUGCUGGACCUUUUAGUGAAGACCCCUCAUGUUCUUAGUCAAGCUAGAAAUGGCAUCUAUGUCCUCCAGUCACCAGUCUUUCCUCUUCAAUGCAGCUCUAAAAAUAGCUUAGGUUUCCUUUCUAGUCUUACAAUUCCAGAAUGUAAUGCUUUUUCUUCUAGUAAUGUAGUUUCUUCAAAUUUCAAUUCUAAUGUAAGACUCUGGCACAACAG